GGCUACCCUCCUGCUCUGUUUAUAAUUUUGUAGAGAACUUCACUUUCAGUUUAGCGGUCAUUUUUGACGGUUACAGCCGUUAACCAAAACGUGAAUCCUAACAUUAAACGGCGUGGUUUCAUUUUAUUUAUCUGAAAUAGUGCUUAUUUAUUAGCAUAGUUUAUUAGUAACAUUUAUACAGUGAAUUUAUUUUUAAAUAAUGGCAACAUUUCACAUCCACGACGAUCAGGAAAACCGCGGCAUUUCGGAGAUACGCCAUAAACAGGCCGACAUGGCCCCCAUGCAUCAGAAGAGGGCCGUUUUGGGCUCGUUGAAUAAUCAAAACAUAUUAAUCAAUCAGCAAAAGUCAAAGGUGCCAUUAGGUGUUUCGAAUGGACAAAAUGCCAACCUGGGGGCAUCGAGUAAGCUUGAGAAUCAAAAACUACCGCCUCCUGUGGUUCCGGUUGCCCAAUUUGAAGCUUUUAAAGUGUACGAAGAUUCCAAAGAGAAUGAUCUCCCCAAUUCUGAAAUUGGCAAAUCUGUCACGACAGCGAAAGCUGCCCAGCAUGAGUCUCAACAUUCCAAAGAGUGGUUUGUUCAAGACAAAGCUAAACAAGAACCAAUCAUCAAACCGAAACCGCUAGGGGAGAGCAAAAAGAAUGCCGAGCUUAAUAAGGCAAAUGAAGAGAAUGUUGAACCAAAGGAAGUAAAAUGCAAUGAUGCGAUUGUCGAGUUGCCGAUGAGUGUGGAAAAAUCUGUUGUCGAUGAGAAUCUCAAGCUUUUGCCCAUUCGUGGAGGACGUUUGUCUAGGGAUAAGUUUUUCGAAAUAGAAGAGUAUCGUUCCGAAAUUUACAUGUACCUGCGUGAACUUGAGUUGCAAAAUCGUCCGAAAAUCGGUUAUAUGAGAAAGCAACCGGAUAUUACCUACAGCAUGCGUUCCAUUCUUGUCGAUUGGUUGGUGGAAGUCGCUCUAGAGUAUAAGUUGCAGUCGGAAACUUUAUUUUUGGCAGUUAAUUAUAUUGAUCGUUUCUUAAGCUACAUGUCCGUUGUACGUGGCAAACUACAGCUUGUUGGUAUAGCCGCCAUGUACAUUGCUGCAAAAUACGAAGAGAUUUACCCACCUGACAUAAGCGAAUUUGUCUACAUAACCGACGAUACAUACAACAAGAAGCAGGUGGUUCGUAUGGAGCAUCUCAUCUUGAAAGUGCUGUCUUUUGAUCUAUCUGUGCCUACACCACUUACCUUUAUCACCGCAAUGGCUAUUUCUACUGGACUGUCAAAUCAAGUAAUGUUCCUUGCCAUGUAUUUGAGCGAAUUAGCUAUGCUAGAAACAGAUGUCUACCUGGAAACGCUCCCGAGCAUCUUGGCGGCGGCCGCUAUCGCGGUUGCAAGGUACACGCUCAAAAUGGAACCUUGGUCGUGUGAGUUAAAGCGUAAAACUGGUUACGAGGGUAAGGAUUUUAAACAAAUUAUGGACUUUCUGUAUAUACUGUACUGUAACGCCCCAAAUAAUACCCACCAAGCGAUCAGAGAAAAAUAUAGCUGCAGUCAAUAUUUACACGUUUCCAACAUACAUCCGCGGAGCGAAGACAUUAAAUUAGAAUAAAUUACCAUGGAGUGCCAUUUUAUGUGCCUUUGUAGACGUUUAGUGAUUGUUUGAAAUAUUCGUGUGGCAUAUUAACUUGUUGUGCCAUUUGCUACAGGCUAGCUAUCGAUUGACUAGUCAGAUACUUUUUGACAUUGAUUGAAAUGGAUGCCAUAUUUUAGUUUUCAUGCUCAGAACUGUUUCAUACAUUAUAUGUACGUUUUUUAGAUUAUUUUAUAAGAAAGUUUUAAGUCCGAAUGAAAUAUUACUUAGUUAUUGUAUAGUACCUAACUUAUUUGUACAAUGAUAUACGUAAAGACUAUACAGUCUUUGAAGUAUAAUUUAACUUUUAUUUUCUGGUGUUCACAACAAAAUUCAUUAUAUUUUAAUAUUUGACUGAUAAUUUACAACUUAUUUAGGUAUUCCAGUGUAAUAUGUGUGUAUGUUUUGUAUUUUUGUAUGCAAUACCAUAUUGUUUAAGAACAAUUCUUUGUUUGUGAAAAUUAAGUUUCAAAACUGAUCAUUUAGCCAAAACCAAAUUUCUGAUAUUGUCUAUAAAUAUCAUUUUUCUUAAACAAUAUUGGGGCUUUUAUAAGGUGUCGUCACGACCUGAAUAUGCACGACACCACACAAUUCAGUUGAAUUUUUGGUUUUUCUUUCGAAACCAUUAUUUUAUUAAUAAUAACAUUCUAUUUAA